UCUAGCCGGAAGUGGUGGAAUUCAGAAGUUUUGGGAACCUGAGCCGGAGAGAGGUCCAAGGGUCAGUGCAGAGCCUGGAAGGAGAUGGUGAAGCAGACCAUCCAGAUUUUCGCGAGGGUGAAGCCUACUGUCCAGGGAAAGCAGCAACAAGGGAUUUAUUCCAUAGAUGAAGAUGAAAAAUUAACACCUAGCUUGGAAAUUAUCGUACCUCACGAUUUGGCAGAUGGAUUUGUGAAUAAUAAGCGACAAAGCUACAAAUUUAAAUUUCAAAGAAUUUUUGAUCAGGGUGCAAACCAGGAGACCAUUUUUGAAAACAUUGCCAAACCAGUUGCCGAGAGUGUCUUGGCAGGUUACAAUGGUACCAUCUUUGCAUAUGGGCAAACAGGCAGUGGUAAGACAUUCACCAUCACGGGUGGAGCAGAACGCUACAGUGACAGAGGCAUUAUCCCAAGGACACUGUCGUACAUUUUUGAGCAAUUACAAAAGGACAGCAGCACAAUAUAUACAACGCGCAUUUCCUAUUUGGAAAUCUACAAUGAAUGUGGUUAUGAUCUGUUGGAUCCAAGACAUGAAGCCUCCAGUUUGGAAGAUUUGCCGAAAGUGACAGUGUUUGAGGACCCUGACCAGAAUAUUCACCUGAAAAACCUGUCUCUCCAUCAGGCAGCGACAGAGGAGGAAGCUCUGAAUCUGCUUUUCUUAGGAGACACCAACAGAAUGAUUGCAGAGACUCCAAUGAACCAAGCUUCAACUCGUUCCCACUGCAUUUUCUCUAUUCACUUAUCAAGCAAGGAACCAGGAUCUGCGACCGUCCGCCAUGCCAAACUUCACUUGGUUGACCUGGCUGGUUCAGAGCGAGUUGCAAAGACUGGAGUGGGAGGCCAACUUCUAACAGAGGCCAAGUACAUCAACUUGUCACUUCAUUACUUAGAACAGGUGAUCAUUGCUCUUUCAGAAAAACACCGUUCCCACAUUCCCUACAGGAACUCCAUGAUGACCAGUGUCCUAAGAGACAGUCUGGGAGGGAACUGCAUGACGACCAUGAUUGCAACACUCUCUUUAGAGAAAAGGAAUAUCGACGAGUCUAUAUCUACCUGCAGAUUUGCACAACGAGUGGCUCUCAUAAAGAAUGAAGCUGUUCUCAAUGAAGAAAUCGAUCCCAGAUUGAUGAUUAUACGCCUACAAAAAGAAAUUCAGGAGCUGAAGGAUGAACUGGCCAUUGUCACUGGGGAGCAGAGGACAGAGGCGCUCACAGAUGCAGAGCUCCUUGAGCUGGAAAAACUAAUAACCUCCUUUUUGGAAGACCAAGAUCCGGAGAGUAGACUAGAGGUUGGCACUGAUAUGCGUAAAAUUCAUCACUGUUUCCAUUAUUUAAAGAAACUAUUGAAUGACAAGAAGAUCCAUGGAAAAAGCACAGUCUCUUCGGAAAUCAAAGAUCAAGACUGCCAAGAACCAUUAAAAGAGAAAGAAUAUAAAAAGCUACGAGACCUUCUACAGCAGAGGGAUAAUGAAAUCAAUAUUCUGGUCAAUAUGCUAAAGAAGGAAAAGAAGAAAGCUCAGGAUGCUCUCCACUCAUCUGGCAUGGAUAGAAGUGAAUGUGGACACUCACAGAGUUCACCUUUUCCACCUGGGAACCCAGAAGGUCUGAGGACUUUGCCAUCCUCAGCUCCCACACAGGUCCAGGACGUCAACACUUUUGGGUACAGAUCCAGUUUGCUCCACAGAAAAACAGUGAUGAGAGAGGAAAUGUCAUUAGGACGACAAGAAGCUUUUGAAAUCUUCAAGAGGGACCACGCUGACAGCGUUACCAUCGAAGACAACAAACAGAUUUUGAAGCAGAGAUUUUCUGAAGCAAAGGCCCUGGGAGAAAGUAUAAAUGAAACAAGAAGUAAAAUUGGUCGCUUGAAAGAAGAAAUCACCCAGCGCCAUAUGCAGCAAGUAGCUCUAGGCAUCUCAGAAAACGUAGCCAUGCCUUCUAUGCCAGACUUGCUGGAAGAAAAGCUUCGAUCACAACUGGAGGAAGAAAAGAUAAGGUAUAAAAUGAUGUUCACACGCCUGAAGGCCCUGAAGGUGGAGAUCGAGCACUUGCAGCUGCUCAUGGACAAAGCCAAGGUGAAGUUGCAGAAGGAGUUUGAAGCCUGGUGGGCCGAGGAAGCCACCAGCCUGCAGGUAAAUUCUCCAGCAGUGAAUUCCCUCAAUCACAUGAAGCCCUUUCCCCAGACACCUGAGUCCCAGCGUGAAAGGUCUCAGCUUCUCUGUAACCAAAGUGAUGUGAACGCCAGGAAAAUCUUGCCCUUGCCUUGUCCCAUCCCGCACAGCCGGGAGCCCAGCAGCACCAGCGCCUCCCUGGAAGACAGCAUCCCUGAGAAGCCAGCAUCAUCUAUCCCUCUCACUGGGGACAGCCAGACUGACUCUGACAUCCUGGCAUUCAUCAAGGCCAGACAGAGCAUUCUGCAGAAGAAAUGUUUCCAGUAAGCAUCCGGCCGUGCACUGUGGCAGCAAGAAUGGAGUACAGAUGAAGGAAGGCAUCUCUUCUCACCCGCCCUGGCUUCAGAUGUGAUCUGUGGGCUGCUGGGAGCAACUAGUGAUUUGGGUUCCCAUAGAGGGGGCCGCGUUUCCUUAAGGAUGGUGUCCUGGAGGCUGCCAGUGAGGCUGGGGCCAGGGCUUCUGGCUCCAACCUUGCUGUGGGUACUGGGGCUGUUGGCCGGACCAGGCAAUGCCGGGGUGCUAGUGGUUAUAUAAGGGCUUCUGCUCACUCUUGCAGUGGCCGAUUUUAAACCUUGGAGAUUAUGAAAUAGUACCAUCAUAAUGCAGUGGCAGGGGAGGCUCAUGCUGGUAGAAUACGGGAGAAAUGAUCAUCUGUUAUUUUUAGCUACCUACCAGCCCACUCUCUGCCCUACCCCCUGGUUUAGGAGCCCAGGAAUGGCUGGGGCAAGCCAGGCAGGACGUUGGAGCCAAAGACAAAGCAGUGGAGUGCAAAGCAUCUUGAUGGCCAGUCCUGAUCUCCCAAACCAAACCUUGUGCCAUCACCCUCAUGGCCCAGAUGAUCCAUAGGCAGUGCCUGAAUCAGCUGUAUUUCUAAAGAGUCACCCACCCUGCAGGGUCCAAGGACAUCGUUGCACCCUAGGAGCUGUGGAUGGCUCCCAGGAGCUCUGCAGAGAGCUUGAGAGGCGCGGUGUGGGCACCUUGGGCCUCACACCCUCACCCAGCCUCUUGGGGCUCUGCAUGACUUGGGCCCAAACUCCCUGCUCCCACCGGGAAAACAGAGCUGCCAGGAGCUUGCCUCAGUGAGCCCUUGCAGCACUCUGGGGCCUGGCUGCAUGAUACAGACCCAGGGGAGGGUGGGCCAGCCCUCAGGAGGCCCUCAGAGGGCAAGGGCAGCAAGGUCCCAAGCCAGCAGUAGGCGGGGAGAGGUGUGGAGUGGGGAGAGGAUGGACAUCUGAAAUGAAGCUGAGUAAAAGUGUUUGUCUACCAUUCCUGCUAUCUCUGUCCUAUGAAUACAGGACCUGCCGCCCUGGAAAGAGAGCAGAGAGAAAAUACAUUGAAUUGGCUUGCUGUCCCCCCUGCCCAGGACUGGGUAAAAGGAUCAUUCGAGAGAAGGUAGAUGGUCCCAUCUCAAAGCCAGGCAGGCCAUACAGCCCCUCCAAUCCACACCCUCACUGAUAAUAUUAGAAACCCUGAAGCAAAGGGGGGGGGGGGCUGGCUUCUAAGGGCUUGUUAGUGGCAAAUGUCCCCUCCUCGGGGGCUUUCCCUGACCGCCCAACUAGAGCCACCCCCUAGUUGCUCUCUAUCCCAUUUCUCUGUUUUAUUUUCCUCAUCACCGCCUGACAUAUCAUCUCUCUUUAUUUGCUUAUUUUUUUAUGGCCUGCAACCCCUCCCCCAAGACUAAAAGCUCCAUGACAACAAGGACCUACAUGUCUUGCUCAUCACUAUGUCCCCAGCACAAGUUGGCAUUGAGCAAAAUACCCUUUCAGUUAAUGAGUGGCAGAGACAGAACCCAGACUUCUUGGGCUGGCAUCUGGCCCAUGCCUUUACUCUGGCUCUGUGACUGAGGCCCAUCGGGCAGGGUCCAGCCUCCCUGGCCCUCACAGUCCUGCGGCACAUAGUAAGUCCUCAAUAAAGUCUGUAGGACCCAGGAAGACCAAAACAGAGCCCUUACAGCCAGAUCCUAGAAGCCUCCCCGAGUGCCCAGGGCACACGUGUAACACAGACACCCAGUCUCAAGAGCCCUGAGGCAGCAUGGAGUUGGCCAGAGUCUUUGGAGACAGCCUCAGUGUGCCUGGCACACCUUAGUGCCCUCGGCCCUCUAGAGCUGGUUAGAGUCUAUUGACUUUAGAUCUCCUGCUGAGAACUUAUCUCCUGGAUCCAAAGGCCUUAUUGACAGAGAUGUGUGGUGUGGGCCCAUGCGGGGUGUGAACCCGCCUUCUGCAGCAAUCACUGAAGGCAGGAGAGGAAAUGAAGAAGAGAGAAAAACAGACAGCUGGGCCAUGGUGUCUUGCCGAGAGAGCCGUAUACCAAGUGUGUACAGCAACUGGAGAGGGACACCCCCCCCCCAAAUGUCCCUUCCCAAUGGAAGCUGGGCCUUUGAUGUGGACGCAUGCUUGACCACAGUGCAUCUUCCACAAAGUUCACUGGCCUUUAAAAUGGGAGAAAUGGAUGCAAUGCUCUGAAAAGACUCUCCAGCAAUCCUGAGCUCAGUGGGGCAUGUGAGUUCACUCCAGGCCAAACUGUAGAGCUUUCCAAAACAUCUUCUGGAAAGCAGCCUGGCCGGUGACUCCAGCCCAGUCCCUACUAGAAUUCAAAUUGCUCUGCUAUUCACUUGACAGGAGAUGUUAGGAGGACAGUUUAGAAUGUGGCUUGCUCAGAUCCUGCUACAAGGGAUUUUUAGGAAGCAGAUACAGAAACUGUGGUAGAUUGAAUAACCAGUCUUAAGACUUUGCCCCCUGAAAUAGAAUUAUAUAUCCAAAGCUUUGCCACAGCCUCAUGGCGGCAGGGUAUUCUUUCCUACCCCUUAAAUUUGGGCUUGGCUCUGUGACUUGCCUUGGUCAAUGGGAUGUUAGCAGACGUGAUACAAGUGGAGGCUUCACAUGAGCGUGCAUGCUCGGGCUCUCCUCUCACACUCCAGGGAUCUGCCUUGAGAAGAACAUGCCCUGGAUAGGUGUGCCCCUUCAGCCUAGAUCCCAGAACAUACAGAGAGCAGAUCUGAGCCCAGCCUACAGCCUGGAGCCAAGGCCAGCGAACCUGUAGCCUGGAGCAGAGCCGUCCCAUCAAGUCCAGCCCAGACCAGCUGAACCCUGGCUGAUCCAAAGACCCAAAAUCAUGAGAAUAAAUGUUUGUUGUCAU